UACGAAAUAAAAAAAAUAUAUUCCGGUGAUGGACAUGACACAUCGAUCGGUCUAGAAAGGAAGAAAAUCGGUCGCAUUUGCACAGUUUUGCACUCGUGGAUCCUUCUGCAACAUCUUGCAACAUGGCGAGCGUGGCGAGGCGGUUGGGGACUAUGUUGUAUUUAGUGAGUCCGAAUGCAACGACGUUUGAGAAGCCUGAAGAAGUUCCCUUGUAUGUAAAUGAGGCGGUUCCAAUCUUCUUCGGCCUCGUCCUCCUGCACGCCCUCAUGAGGUUAGCUCGAGGGCAUGAGGUUCGCAUGAAUGAGGUUCUGACGUCAUCAGGCAUCGGGAUACUCCAUGAGGCGGCGUCAUUCAUCUCCGAGGGCGCCAUCUUGUUAGGCUAUGAGUGGCUAUAUAAGUACCGCGUGCUGGACCUCCCGUGGGACUCGCUGUACACGUGGUGGGCCGCCUUCUUCUUCGUCGACUUCUGCUACUACUGGGUCCAUCGGGCGAACCACGAGGUGAACCUCCUGUGGGCGGCCCACCAGGUGCACCAUUCCUCCGAGGACUACAACUUCAGCACUUCGAGUCGCAUCUCCAUCUUCCAGCGCAUGACCUACUUCGGGUUCUACCAUCCCCUCGCCCUCCUGGGGAUCCCCGUCUCCUCCGUCAUGGUGCACCUCGGCCUCAAUUACCUCUUCCAGUUCUGGGUCCAUAACGAAGACAUUGGCAAGCUCGGGCCCCUGGAGUGGGUCUUCAACACGCCGUCGCAUCACCGCGUGCAUCACGGGGCUAACAAGUGGUGCCUCGACAAGAACUACGGCAGCGUCCUCAUCAUCUGGGACAGGAUCUUCGGCACUUUCCAGGAGGAGAAGGAGGGCGAGGAGAUCGUCUACGGCCUCGUGGACCAACCUCAGUCCAUGAACGGCGUCUGGCACGAGAUUUUCUACUUCGAGAAGAUCUACGAGAAGGCGCGGAGCAUGAGCAGCUGGGGCGACUCCCUGAGGGCGGUGUUCUACGGGCCCGGCUGGGUCCCCGGGGCGCCUCGCCUGGGGGACCCCGACGGCUUCCCGGACGUCAGGGCCCCCCGGGGGAAGUACGACCCCCAGAUGCCCGCGUGGUUCCUGGCAUACACGGGCCUCCACUUAUUUCUGGCGCUCCUGGCUCAGCAGAUGUUGCUGAUUCACCUCAAAGUGUCUCCCUGGUACACGGUCGCCAUCUUCCUCUCCUUCAUCUUCCUGACGGUGGGCGUCCUGGGCUCCAUGUUCGACGGGUGGCGUUGGGCGCCGCUGCUGGAGGCCGCCCGCUGCGCCGCCUUCCUGCUCUACGCCCGCGCGACGCCCGUCUCCGGCGCCCCGAUGGUGGACGCCGCCCUCGUCCUCUGCUUCGCCAUGAGCGCCGUCUUCUGGACGUCGCAGAGCCUCCUGGUCAUUGGCUCGCCCGCGAAAGCCGUUAAAUUUGAAUGAGCCAAUGAGCGGCCUCGCCUGCCGAUUCUUGUUGUUUUGUGAAUAUUUUUAAAUAAUGUCUUUGGUGGUAUUUCUUAAAAUCCAUUUGCACGUUGUACGAAUAUUAAGCAGAUUGCUUUACUAGUACAACUAGCUCAAUACGGUAACAUUUCUUUGUUAUAAAUCAUGUGCAAACGAUUUUAACGAUUUUAUCUUGAGCGGUCUUUGCGUUGUUAGUUUGAAAAUAUACCAUUAUACUUC